GUGGAUAACGACCCACUCCUCUUCACCACACAACUCCCCCCACUACCCCCACGACCAAUCGUGCACCUAUUGUUGUAACACGCGACGUAUGGAAACGACCCCCAUAGCUAUCCCCUGAAACUCCUUCUAUCGCUGAAAGCAGGCCCAACGCAAUACAAAGAAAACACAGCACACAAUGACCGACACCAUUUCGCCUCCCGCAGUCAGUCUGGGCUCCACUGACUUUGUUAAAAAGCUAUUUCAAAUGCUCGAGUUUGAAAACUACAAGGAUAUCGUGCGCUGGGCAAGCAAUGGUGAGUCUUUUGUGGUGCUCGACACUAACGAAUUUACAAAAGAGAUACUCCCGAAGCAUUUUAAACACAGUAACUUCGCGUCGUUUGUGAGGCAGUUGAACAAGUACGACUUCCACAAGGUCAAGAACCUGGGCGAGGAAAAGACAAAGCAAGAGUACGGCGACGACGCAUGGGAGUUCAAACAUCCGGACUUCCGUCAGAACGACCGUGAGUCGCUUGAAAACAUCAAGCGCAAAGGCCCGUCGCAGAAGAAGACAGCUGGUGAGAGCUCUGAAACGCUUGGCUUGAGCAGCGAUGUCAAGAGCCUCAUGGAUAACCAGAAGGUGCUCCAUAGCGAGUUGAAGAUGUUAAACACAAAGUACCAGACGGUAGUGGACAAUGUGGCAAAUUUGAAGAUCUUGAACGACCGCUACCACCACUCGUUAUCGUCGCUUGUGGGGUACUUGAACAGUGCCGGUAUCAAGGUCCCUCCCUUGGAUCUCCCAGACCCGUUCAGUGUUUCUCCCACCGUCCAGCAGCUGCUCAAGAGCCAGAUGCCGUUCCAGCCGCAGCAUUCGCGCGGGUCCUCUUCCCACGACGCAAUUCUAGAUCCGUUCGGCUCGACUCUUUCGGUGAAAGCCUCCCAGGUAGACCUCACGCAGCUAGCACCGGCGCUGAUCGCUGCGCCAGCCCAGAGAUCUCAGAUCGCGAUGGUACCGGGUGAACCGUACAAGUUCCACGUGCUCCUCGUGGAAGACGACAACGUGUGUAUCCAGCUCUGCCGAAAGUUCCUUGUGAAGUACGGGUGCACUGUGGAGGUCGUCACCGAUGGUCUCUCUGCGGUCUCCGUGGUGGAAAAAGUCAAGUACGACUUGGUGCUUAUGGACAUCGUGAUGCCAAAUCUAGACGGAGCGUCCGCCACCUCCAUCAUCAGAUCUUUUGACCAGGCUACCCCCAUCAUUGCCAUGACCGGGAAUAUUGAGGAUGCAGACUUGGUCACGUACUUGCAGCACGGGAUGAGCGAUAUCUUGGCCAAGCCAUUCACCUCCACGGACUUAUAUAUGAUGUUGGAGAAGCACUUGAUUAACAAGAGCAGUGGCCACUUGAACGGUGACCACGCUCCGCUCCAGGGCCCUCCACAGCAGACGUUGCCGCUUCCGAGUGCGUCGUUGGUCAACCCCACCGCCGGCCUCACGCUCCCGUCGCAGUCCGACGAGUUACUAGUCCAGCCGAUGAAGAAGCAGCGGCUAGAUUAAUGAACUCGGGAAAAAGCCUGGCGAUACAGAUCAAGGUUCUAUUUUUUAUAUUUUACCCAAAAGCAUUUAUAUCGCCGCCUUCAACUAGAUUUAAUUAUCAUGGUAGAGAGUG